GGUCAAAGCAGGAAGAGAGAGAGAGAGAGAGAGAGAGAGAGAGGUUUGUUGUUGUUGGUGGUAGUAGUGGUAGUGGUGGUGGUGUGCUAUAAGGCGUGUGCGUGUGUGCGUGUACAGUAGUGUAAACGUAGCCGAAGACAAAGCCGGCUAUUUUGUUUGGUUUUUUCAUCUCUGUUUUACUGCCAUUUUUUCAUUAUAAUUUUAUUUGGUGUUUGGGAAGUUGGGUUCGUUUGCUUUGUCUUCUACAUAGAGGGAAAAGAAGAAAAGGAGAGAGAUGCGCAGGAAUUUGGAUACGCAUCUGAUUGGACUGUAGUAAUAUUUGGAUUGGAUUGGAUUGUAUCAUCGUUUUGAUUGAGUUUUCGAUAUUAUUGUUUGGAGUUGAAGAAAAAGAAACGAUUUUUAUCUUGAAGGGGUUUAUUUAUUUGAUUUGGGGAAAUGGGUUGUUUUUCUUGUUUCGAUUCGAAAGAGGAGGAGACCCUCAAUCCAGACAAACACAGUGAUGAUCAAAAGCAAGCUCAAUCAACGCUUACCUCUAAUCUUGCAAGUUUGCCUUCUGGAGUUGAUAGACUCAGAUCAAGGAGCAAUGGAGCGUCUAAAAGAGAAUUUCCAGUGCCCAAGGAUGGGGCUGGGGUUCCUAUCGCCGCACAAACAUUCACCUUUCGCGAGCUGGCUGCUGCAACAAGGAAUUUCAGGCCUGAGUGCUUCUUAGGGGAAGGGGGAUUUGGACGUGUAUACAAAGGGCGGCUUGAAAGCACUGGUCAGGUUGUGGCUGUUAAACAAUUGGACAGAAAUGGUCUUCAGGGCAACAGAGAAUUUUUGGUUGAAGUGCUAAUGCUCAGCCUUCUACAUCACCCUAAUUUAGUGAAUUUAAUUGGGUACUGUGCUGAUGGGGACCAACGGCUUCUUGUAUAUGAGUUUAUGCCCUUUGGAUCAUUAGAAGAUCACCUACAUGAUCUUACACCUGAUAAGGAGCCACUAGAUUGGAAUACAAGGAUGAAAAUUGCUGCUGGUGCAGCAAGAGGAUUGGAAUAUCUGCAUGACAAAGCAAAUCCACCAGUCAUUUAUAGAGAUUUUAAAUCAUCCAACAUAUUGUUGGACGAAGGAUUCCACCCAAAGCUUUCUGAUUUUGGACUAGCAAAGCUAGGCCCUACUGGAGACAAGUCACAUGUGUCAACCAGGGUUAUGGGCACUUAUGGUUACUGUGCUCCAGAAUAUGCAAUGACAGGACAGUUGACAGUGAAGUCUGACGUUUACAGUUUCGGGGUAGUGUUUUUAGAGCUAAUUACUGGACGUAAAGCCAUUGAUAGUACUCGACCCCAUGGUGAGCAGAACCUUGUCACAUGGGCACGGCCGUUGUUCAAUGAUCGUAGGAAAUUUUCGAAACUGGCUGAUCCACAGCUGCAGGGUCGGUAUCCAAUGAGGGGACUCUACCAGGCUCUAGCUGUGGCAUCAAUGUGCAUCCAAGAACAGGCUGCAACCCGUCCUCUCAUUGGAGAUGUAGUUACUGCUCUUUCUUAUCUAGCCAACCAAGCAUAUGACCCUAGCACAGCUUCAGGCCAUAGAGGCUUUGGAGACAAGGAAGACAGAAGAAACAGAGAUGGUGGAAGGAUACUAAAGAACGAAGAAGGGGGAGGUUCUGGACGAAGAUGGGAUUUAGAUGGGUCUGAGAAGGAGGAUUCUCCCAGAGAAACUGCAAGAUUAAUGGUCAACAAGGAUUUAGAUAGAGAACGAGCUGUUGCUGAGGCGAAGAUGUGGGGCGAGAAUUGGCGAGAAAAAAGAAGACAGAGUGCACAAGGGAGCUUUGAUGGCGCAAAUUCAUAGUGCUGUAGUGCUUACAGUGUGAGUGCCGCUUCUUCUUCCUUGGACUCCUUUCCUACUCAACCAAUUGAAAGUGCAGACAUUUCAGAAAAUCUGUGCUUUCUUUGAACUGUUGUAUUCUACAUGCUCAGGCUGCUUCAAAAUAUAAGCAUGAUUGGAGGGGCUCAUUGUAAGCGACUUGGUGCCAACAUGGUUUCUAAUUUUAACAUUUUUUUACUUCAAAAUUAUCAUUUCAUUUCCAUCAAAAUCAUCAAGUAGGAGGAGAAAAAGAAUAAAAAAAGCAUAUAUAGUGGAGAGUGAGAGUGUACAUUAUGUUGGAGUAGAGAGCAACAAAGACGUAUUUAAAAUUUUGAGAGUGAAGGAACACGUCUGGUCACUUUGUUGGAGCGUUUUGCAUCAUACAACGGCUCUGUUCUGUUCUGUAUACUUUGUAGUGUCUUCUUCAAAAACUAGUAAUGGACAUGUUAUCUCUGUUUAUUUACCA